UGGCCAGUUGCAUGCAGUGCUUCGUGUUGCAUGGACGUGCUCCGUUUGACGUCCCGCCACACGGCCGAAUCGAUCUGGCGCAGAGUCUAUCCCGAUAAUACAAAACGGAGUUGUUUCUGUCAGUGUCGUGUGAUAAUUGUGAGUGCAAUUGAUUAUUAUCGAACGUGAGUGCUUCCGAGUUGAGAGAAGAUUCCAUCGACUGGUAUUCCAUCAAUUAGUCAGUGAGCAGCAUUCUAGAAGCGGAUUAGUAGCUAUCAAAUGGUUGUUUUGUUGUUCUGUUGCUGCCCUAGUAUAGCACUUUGCAAUGCUGUGUUGAACAUACGCAUUGCACACGUUCUUUGAGGUGGUGUAAAUAUAAAACAAUCAUCGCAGUGCUGAGUAGUGUUUUGUUAUGAAUUAUGGCGUGAAAUACUGUUGCGCAUGUGUGCAGCGUUAAAUGUGGGAAGUUGUGUGCGAUCGGUUGUGUAUAAUGCUCAGCGGGUGAUCGUUCGUUCUGCCGAAGUCUCACACCCUAGAAUAAUACGUAGUCGCUGUUGACGAUCGAGGUGGGUGUGGGUGGUGAUCUGGUAGAAUGACAUUAGCUCGCAGCUCGACGAAUGUGACCUGUGUGCAUGUUAUUGUUUCACGAGGGCGUUCCGUUAACGAAUUCCGUAGCCGAUCGUGAAGCGAAGUUAAAUCGAUCUCCAGUGACCGUGUGAUUGACAUCUGUUUGACAAACGUGUUCUCGGGCAAGAUGAUCAGCUACCGGAAUGCUGGCUGUGCGAGCAUCCAGAACCUUCAGUGAAAGAGAAGACGAUAAUGACAAAAGGCAACGGCAAUAAAACAAGCAAUAAAGUCAUGUCAAGUCAAAAGGUGAAGAUCAACGAAAGUGCUACAAAGGAUGAAAAAAUCGAUCAGUCACUCGCUUUUGUGCAUGUGUCAGCGGAAGAGAUAGAUUGAGCAUCAUCGCAUUAUAGCCGCAGUUCGGAAGAGUCGGUAGCCGCCGAUACACACAUACAAUACAGUCCAGUUGUUGAAUCAUCACGCCGAGAUCGAGAUCUUCGAGAGAUUCAAUCGGAAAGUGGAAGAAAACACAAACAAGGAAACACGCGCCCAUUGGCGGACGCUCGGCGCUCGGUGAAGAAGAUUAGGCUAUCGCCUGAAGCAGCGAUCGAAUCUCGCAGAAGAACAAACCCCAAAGCCGACGAUUAUUCGCUGCGAGCAGCAAUUAUUAUGAUUAGAUGUGUGUGCUUUAUUAAAUGAAAGUGAUUUCGCAUUGAAAGUGUGUCGCUCGCCUGUUGGAGCUGCGAGUGCGGUGUCUCUUUGUGUGUCUGUGCCGGUCUCAAGUGUGAGUGCCUGCAAUCAGCUGCGGGCUUGUGAAGAGAUUACAGUCAUUUUCUGGACGCGGGGGGUCUUCUAAGGCGGUGAUCUAUCCAAGACCUUAGGGAAGAAGGCAGCGGAAAAUCGAGCAACCGGCAACCAUGGACAACGAGUCGGACAGCUCCGAACGGUGGGAGGAUUUUUUCGGUAGCAGUACCAGCUUGGCUCCCUCCCUCCUGGGCUAUUACGACUCGUUAGCUACCAAAGUGAGUGACGAUCCCAACGUCAACAGCAACACCGAAAUUUCAGCUGCAAGCUCUACAACCACCAACAUCAAAACUGCAAACUCGUCGAUAUCAAUCAAUCAACAGAGCAUUAUCACCACCGAAAGGUCGUUCCAGUCCAGUAGUUCCCUGAAGCUGAAAUCAUUCAGUCUGAGCAACGGAACAAGUCUAAGGCCCACACGAGCAGCCCCACAACUUCCCAAAUCCGGAGACAAAUUUCGUAAUCUAUCAAACAACGUAGCGCGAAUACUGUCCAACACAGAAACGGCUGUAGACGGCGAACCGAACCGACCGCGACCACCGCCAACGCCUUUCCAUCGCAACCACAUUCAAUCGGCGUCGUUCAACUCAGGUCGCGCCACAACCUCCUCGUCACGAUACGUCUUCAAGAACUUCCCGCUGUCCAAAAACAUCACAAAACUCAGCCAUCUUGGCUGCGAAUCAGUGCGAGAACCCUCCAAGCUAUCCCCCAUCUCGCCAGACCUAUCCAAUGGAAACUGUGAUACUUCCAUCGAGGAAGACAUCCCCAAGCUGAGUUUCAUCCAGCAGCGAAUCAAAUCACUCACUUCGGCUCUGUUCGAUGCCGACGAAGCUGACAGCGAGGUCAGCAAAAACCAGAUCGACCAGCAGCCGGUAAGGACAGUACAGGAAGACGUCGAUCCCGAACCAGUUCUUAGAAAUCCGGAAAAGUCUAUGGACGCUAGCGAAGCCGAUCCGCACAAUGCCUUCGUCGAGAACUGUGACGAAUCCGAGCACCGUAAUACCAUCGUGGAAACGAGAAAUCCCUACUUGAACCUAGUCGUUGUUGAACCAGCACCGGAGGAACCCCAACCGGUGGACCGAAGCAAAUCUUUCCCACGAAACGUACAGAUUUCGCCUAAACUUCCGCGAUCCACCUCGACCUCGACGCCGAGUCUGGACACCAGUUCUGCUUCGCUUUCGUCGAGUAAAACAUCCCUCACACAGCAGAACGCUCCGGGAACCCCUAUUCUCAGCACCCGGCCACUGUCGGCCUCCUCUAUAUGUUCGUACUCGUCGAGCAGCAGUUCCGGCUCGGAACACCUGCUACUAGUCAACGGGAAAUGCUGUGGAGCGCCUUCCUACCAGGCCAGCGUUGAAAGCCUAGCCGAUCAGAGUGAAUGCGAACAGGGCACCGCCGCCAGUGGACUAACCAUGUGCGAACGGGCCGUCAUGGAAAUCAUCGAUUCGGAGCGGAGCUACGUCGAAGAUCUGGGUCAGAUCAUUAAGGGUUACCUGGAAGACUGGAAAGAACGAGCUUGCCUCAAGGUGGACGAACUGGAAAUUCUCUUCAGCAACAUUCAGGAGAUUUGGGACUUCAACAGCAGGCUGUUGGACCGCUUGAAUGAAACUAAAGGUGAUCCGGUCAAAAUCUCCGGUUGCUUCAUCGAUCUACACGAAAACUUCGAUUGUUACACUACCUACUGUACUCGUUACCCGGAGGCGAUCGCCCUGCUCACGAGUCUCCUGCAAGCCACCCACACCAACGCCUUGCUCAUCCACACCCAGAAGAUGCUCAACCACAACCUCCCGCUCGGUUCGUACCUCCUGAAGCCGGUCCAACGGAUACUGAAGUACCAUCUGCUGCUCGAUAACCUACGGAAGCACUGCGACGACAAACAGGUGUCCCACGCCCAUGAGCUCAUGAAGAGUGUCGCACACAACAUCGAUCAGGUCAAGAAGAAGCUGGAACAGCAAAGCCGGGUCAAGGAGCUGGCCGGAAUUGUCGACGGGUGGCUCGGACCGGAUCUCUCAGUGCUGGGGGAACUGCGCCAGGAGGGACUGCUCAGCGAACACGCCAAACCACGCGUUGUGCUUCUGUUCCAAACGAUGCUCAUCAUCACCAAACCCAAGGAGGACAAGCGGUUGCAGUUUCGCGCUUAUAUUCCGUGCAAGAACCUCAUGCUGGUGGAGCAUCUGCCGGGCGAGCCAACUAGCUUCAACGUGAUCCCGUACAACGACCCUAAAGGCCAGAUCAAGCUGACCGCUCGCAAUCGUGAUCAGAAGCGACAUUGGGCCCAGCAGAUCAAACAGGCGAUGCUGGAGCACUUUGACAUUCCGAAGCGCGCCAAGGAGCUGGUGCUGCAGCUAGGCGAUGAAGACGAUCGUAUGGCUGACAAGAAUGCCAGCUGGAAAUGGCCAACGCAUCACCCGUCAACGCCCGAGUAUUUGGAAAGGAGGCAGCAAUUCCGACGCAGCGAGAUGCGAAAUCGAUCGAAAAAGAUGCACAAGAAGGCUGCCAGCACCAUAUCGUUGGAUGGGAUAUCGCAGAAGGAUAUCAAGCAACCGACCUUUCAGUCGUACUCCAAAGCGUUGGAGCAAGAGUGUGGUGAAGGUUCAACGCCGAAGGAAGAUACCGGGGGUUGCAAGUGUGAUUCGGUCAAAAAGGAAUUGGAACAGAAACAGCUGAAGAGUAGAAGUCGCUCGGAAUCAAGACUUCCAGAGGAUCGUAAAGCAACCAAAAUGAGCGAUGAGGAGAUUUUUGCCAAAGCAAUGGCAGAAAGGAAUAGGUUUGCUACGCAGCGAAGGAAGACUAAGGAGAGCCUUGUCGAUGUGAAGUCGUACAACUCGACGACGAUACCGAAGCGAAUAGCGAAUAUGCGAAAGACCAGAUCCAAAACGUUGACCGGAAAUUCGACGUUCUACACUGAUUUGGAGGUGGGCGAUGGCGAAGAAAACACCACGGUGUUGAAGAUCACCGAAUCUACGGAUAAUUUGAGCCUAGUAGAAACAGAGACUCCGACUGAAGUGGACAUGAGAAAAUGUGAUGACGCUAAGGAGAUGACGGAAGAAGAUGGAAGCCUAAGAAGGGAUUCGGACAUAAUUUCCCAGUUGGUGUUGGAGAAGACUGAGUUUAGAAAAAUGAGUAGACCUCCAAAAAAGAAGUCGUUUGAUUCGGUCCGAUCGUUAUCGUGUACUAGUCAAGAUGAAGAUGGUAGUUCAGAACGUAAAGAAGUAGAGGAGGAGCAGGUGAUCCCUGAGUUGCCAAAAACGGAUCCUCCAGAAGAUGCCGAGGAAGAAGAAUUUCGGAAGGUUGAUAAAUUGAACAAAGAGUCGGAGGAUUUGCUGAAUCGCUUGAAUGAGAUUCAAACAGAUCUCGCCUCUCCUGAACCAAUAUAUGAGUCUUUACUACGAAACGUUCAUGUUCCGUAUAAAUAUGCUCCUCCGUUGUCCAGAUCCAUAUCGCAACAGUAUGGAAAGGUUCAAGAAAGUUUUAGACCGGACUCAACGCCUAGAAGGUCGCGUCCGGAUUCGGAUUAUGUAACGCUUGCCUACUCGGAGAACAGGCUUAUCAACAUCGAUGGCCAUAGCGUUGUGCCGAAGUCUUCCAUUGCUCAGUUGAGAAACAGCGAUACCAAUAUCAACUAUCAUCAUCCAUGGCGAAAGGAUGAAGAAUCCGGACCUGUGCAGGACACACGCUCUGAGAUUGUCACGCUCGCUAACGAAGAUGCUUUGAAACCGCUGGAACGACAAGGAAGUCUCAGCAUCAAGUCACCAAAGAACCUGCUCCAAAGAUUCAUCAGCCUACAUGCUUCUUCCUCGACCACCGGGAGCUGUGACAGUAACCUCAACCAACGCAAGGUUUUGAGCCCCGAAGAUCCGACUCCUAUCUACAAGCAAGGAAGCUUAGAUCUUGGCUCACGUAUUGCAAACCUGGAUUAUGCCGAUCCACGAACGCUAUUCACUGCAGGUCACCAACGUAACAUUCUUAUCAAUCGGGCAUCAAUAAAACCGCUAUGUUCAGACCUUGAGCAGCGAGAUUCCAUCUUCUCGCUCAAUUCAUCCAAUGAUAGCGUAUGCGGGGUUCAGAACGAGCUGGACGACGAUUCAUGCGGUUUCUACGAGAAAUCAGUCGAGGAAUGUCUUGAGAAUGAAGACUUCCGUGAUUCAGCCGUUUACAGUGGGGACGACAAUCGGCCUGACCUGGACGAGCAGGUGGUGUACGAAUCGAUCGCAGAACUAAACGAACAACGUUUGCUGAGACCAGCCUCGCAGGUAGUUCGCUCAUCUUCCUCGGCAUCGAGUAGUUCCAGUGGACCUCCGCCUCCGGUUCCAGUGAAGCCAGCGCACUUGGAGCAGUUAAAGAAGAUUAAGCCACAAGUAGCAAAUGUUAGCUCAGAAUCGAAUACAUCAACCAAACUGGCUCCAGCUCCCAAAGGAUGGGUCCUACAGCAGGUCAAGAGAUUUCAGUGAACGAGACUGAUGCAUGUGCCUUACAAAUGGUUCCAAGUGUCUGAAGCCAAAAAGAAGGGUGACAAGUCACCCAAGAUUUCAUUGUCGUGGUUUUCGUUUGCGUGUUUUACAUGUUUUAGUGAUAAAAACCAAACGGUUGUGUCCCGGCACGGGGAUGCGUGUGUUCUAUUCAAACAAUAUUGUAUUUAUUACUUACUUCAGUUUUCAAACCAGCACAGAUUUUGGUCUAUUUAUGUGAUUUCGUUACUGUAAUAGAGAAUUUAUGUUUUAUGUACUACGAAGUUGGACUGAAAGCGGAAAAGAUUUAGAGAAUUUUAUGAUGCGGAAAUCAUUACGGAGUUUUGAAUGAAACCACAAACAUCAGCAUAAGCCAUACAUAUUUGAAGGAAGCAAUAGAUUUUCAUCACAACUGGAAGCAAUAUGUUAAGUUAUAAAGUUUUAAUCUAUUUUAAAAUA